AUGCCAAACAACGAAUUAAACAAUGAACCUGUUUGUAUCAGCGAUUUUGAAAUUUUUGCCACGCGACAUUUACCGAAGGGUGCAUUUAGUUAUUAUGCAUCGGCAGCGAAUGACAUGCAGACGCUUGGCGAAUCCACAGCAGCUUUUAAAAGGUAAGGUGGUCGGUGAGUAUCUGAAUUGAAUUGAAUUGAGUUGGACUGCCUCUGCAUUAAACAGCCUAUUGAGACCUUGCAGUUCAGUACAAGCUAAAAUAAAUUAGCCACAUUUUGUAUUCGUGAUUCGCACACUUUGCCAAUUAUUCAAUUAAAGAGAUUUAAUAAGCUAGCAACAUUGUAAUUGCUUCUGAUUGACCAUUCAAAUAACAUUUUGCCAUUUUAGCUUCUUGCAGCACUAAGUUGGCAAUAAAAACUUUUAAGUUUAAUCUUAAAUCAACAAUUUUCAUUCAUGCUCUGUGUAAUAUACUGUUAUAUGUCGACCGCGAACAGAUGAAACAUUGUUGUGUAUAAGAUAUACAGUACACAAUAUUAUUGCACAAGUGGUUACAGAUGGAUGAUUCAAUUGAAUUGUCAAACUACUUUAGUUUUCCGGCGCGGAGAGAAAGACAUUUACAUGGACACAGUAAAUGACGUUUUUCCUCAGCAAAAUCUGCGUAAUUGUCAGAUAAAAAGCGUGUUUUUUUUAGUAACUCAGUCCACUAUAUUGGAUUUCGGGAACUUCAAAGUAGCAAUAUUUAACAGACCGGAUAAUUUAUGAACUCGUGCCAGCGCUGGUAGACAGUGGGGAUGUUUUCGGCCGGUCACAGAAGUUGUGUAUACAUAAUGGUUCUGGGCCGAUCAGAUUGCGUGAAAUCAUAACUGCUGAUGUUUUUGUUUUGUCGUUUGGUUUUGAAAUUUUUUGCAACUGACUACCUUAAAUGUACAAGGAAAACUUCAACAUUUCAGGCGAGUUAGUCGCAUUUUUGGAAAGGUAACUUGUAACUGUAACUAGUUACAAAAGUUGAAAAAAAAUAACGGUAUACAACUAGUACGAUUACAUUCUGGCCUUCAGACAACCGUUACUUUUGGCGAAAUCCAACUUCCUGAACAGCUGUUUUAUCCCAAAUUUCUACUUUAUAUUCUCUACAUGGCGGCCCCCAAAGUUUUAGUUUUGGGUCAUUCAUUUGUACGUCGACUUAAGUCGGACCUGCAUGUUAAGUCAGACGCACGAAUGCCCCAUACAUUUAAACUUAACGGGACAGUUCACAUGCACAGGUAUUAGUGGUCGCAUGCACGGUUAGUAAAGUGCGGAAUCAUGAUCUUGGGGGGUAGUAGCACGCCUAUCCCCAGAUAUCGUCAUCCUGGAGAUUGGUACAAAUUAUUUGUCCCUUUUGCCAGCUGAGGUGGUGGGUUCUGAAGUUGAGGAAUUGGUUUCUCCGUUACAACAAACAUAUCACGUCAAAGUUGUGUGUGUUUGCCUGAUAACUCCACGCAAUCGUAAUCCAGUUUUCGACGCGAAACGAGUUAUUGUCAAUAAAUAUUUUACCGUUGUGUUAGAACAUAUGCUGAACGUUUUCACUUUGCUACAUCGGGGUUUUGCGCGGCCAUCGGUAACACCGUACCGUUUCUUCGAGAUGGGGUUCAUUUUAACAAAAUCGAUCAAUACACCUUGUAUAGAAGUUAUAGGGGCGCCAUUUUUAAAUCUCUCCGCAUGUUGUAGUUUUGACAAUCAUGCACAAUGUAUAUAAUUAUUGUUUUGUUUACUUAUAAUAAACCAGCUAGGAGGAUUGUUACUUCUAGCCAAAUUAUCCCCAAAAGUGUGCUAUCUUUAAUGUUCGUUCGUCAAAUGCCAAGAAAACAAAGCUUCGUAGAAGGAAUGCGUGCACACGCGGUGGCUACAGGGGCAGUCGGUAAUUUACAAUACAAAUCACAUUAGCCACAUAAAGUAUGUUUGACAUAAUUAUCGCAUGCAGCUAUUUUGUAUUAUAAAAUUUCGUGAUUAUAGUUUGUAACUUGUUAUUAGUUACAAAAUUCUUAAAGUAACUUUGUAACUGUAACUGCAACUAAGCUACUUUUAUUCCAUUGUAAUUUGUAUCAGUAACUAUACGUGUUACUUUUCUGAUGAUGUAACUUUAACUAUUUACAAGAUUAUGUAACUUUAACAGCACUGUGCAAUAUUAUUUCUAUUAGACUACGACUUCUACCACGCGUUCUGAGAAAUGUGUCUUCCAUUGACAUGUCAACAUCGAUUCUUGGUGAGAAAAUUGAAGUCCCGUUUUGUAUCGCACCAACCGCCAUGCACAAAUUGGCACAUCCAGAGGGUGAACUGGCCACAGCAAGAG